GGGGAAAAAUAAAAAAAAAACAAAAAUUUAAAUAUUGUUAAGGCAUCAUUUGAAUAAUGCGUGUAGAAUGCAUCGUCGUCGUGGUUAAUGUUCGAUUUUUUUUUUUCUAUUGCACCCAUCAUCAUCAUACUAGUCGCAGUUAGUAUUGCAACGGCCAACCCGUUUUCGAUGGACUUGUAACACGUACCUCCUUUUUUGUGCUGCUCUUGUCGACUCAUCAAACCGGAAUAGUGCAGAUUAUGGAAAAAUUUCUACUUUAUUUUCUGGUCGUAUGCCUGUUAAUUCAGUUGGUGCACAGUUAUGAAUAUUUAAAAGAAACAUUCAACUCCAAAUACCUGGUAAUAGGAGUUAUUGGAUUUUUAACUCUUUGGUAUAGUUACCGUUUGCUGAUUAAACCACUGGAUAUACAAAGGAAAUUGGCGGACGUGGGCUAUAAACAAUACUUCACACAAAAACAAUGGGCGUCGAAAGAUAAAUUACACUUGAUACGAUCCAUGAUGAGUCUCAGGAAAAAAGGAGCGUUGCCGCCCGUCUACCCAAAUGGGUGGUUUGCACUCCUAGAUUCCGAUCAAAUUAAUAUCCAACAAGUGAAAUACGUGACAGCUAUGGGAGAAAAUUUCGCAGUAUUUCGUUCGUCCAAUGGCAACAUCAAUAUAUUAGAUGCUUACUGCCCACAUCUGGGUGCAAAUAUGGCUAUCGGAGGAGUAGUUAGAGGAAACAAUCUCCAAUGUCCAUUUCACGGAUGGAAAUUUGAUGGUACAGAUGGAAAAUGCGUCAACAAAAUACAACAAAACGAUUGUCCAGAUGAUACAAUUUUAACCAAAACAUCGGUAAAAAAAUGGGAGUCGUUCGAGGCAAACGGUUUCAUAUUUGUAUGGUAUCAUUCAGAAAAUGAAAAACCCUCAUGGUAUCCUCCUAGGGAUGAAAUGAUUAGCAAUUGGACUUAUCGUGGUCGAAGUGAACACUAUGUGAAUGCACACGUACAAGACAUUCCAGAAAAUGGUGCAGAUGUAGCGCAUUUAUCAGUUUUGCACGGUGACAUGGCACUAGGAGGCCAAUAUGCAGCUCAAGCCAAUACAUCUCUGUGGAAUAUUCUGGGCAACCAUAAAUGGAAAGCCGAAUGGAAAGCCGAUAAAGACCAAUGGCACUUGUCUAAACUAAAAUUGGAACACAAACUUAAAGUGUUUAAAAAUUUUGUCAUUUUUCAAAUGAAUGUUACAGCAGAUCAGAUUGGUCCUGGAUUGGUGAUUUUAAAUUUUAAAACAAGCUUUGGACCAAUGAAAUUAGUUCAAACAGUCACACCUGUAGAACCAUUAAUUCAAAAAGUUGUUCAUCGUGUGUAUUGUCCAAUUUAUUUGUCAUUAUAUGCAUCAAUACUUUUAUUUAUGGAAUCUGUAAUGUUUGAAAGAGAUGUAGUAAUUUGGAACCACAAGAAAUACAUUGAAAAACCUUUGGCUUCAAAACAAGAAUCAACACUUUUAGCACAUAGAAAAUGGUAUAAGCAAUUUUAUAGUGCUAAUAGCCCCACUUUUAGUUUCAGAAAAGAAACAAUAGAUUGGUAAAUUAAUAUUAUAUAAACUUUUAUUAUAUGCAGCAGAAAAGUAUUAAUUAAUA